AAAAAUAAUAAUGAGACCGAACACAAACUCAAAAGCAUUUAAUAAUGGAUUCCGAUAGAAUUCAAGCAAUAGUAAUGUUGGGCUCAUGAUUGAUCAAUAAAAUUCUUUGAAUUAUUCUCAUCGAUUGGCCGAAGAAAGCUUGCAAAUAGGGGAAGACGUCUUGGAAUCAUUCAAAAGGCAAAAUGACUCUCUCAAAGUACUUCUUAUUAUCAAAAUAGAGAAUACAAAAUAAAGUGAAUUAUACGAUCGGUGAUUUGGGACUAUCAUAAGGAAUCAUUAAGCUUAUUGGAUCAAGAGAUUAAUAAGAUCGACGCAUUAUCAUCUUUUUAACCAUUUUAUUGUUUGUCUUUAUAGGAACGCUUUACUACGUGUUCAAAUGA